CUGAAUUCUUUCACUCGUUGCCAGCAACCGUGAUAGUUGAUUUGUUUCGGUCUUUCGCGUCUGGUAGAAACGCAACGAGAUGCGUAUUGAAAACUGUUAUUUCUGUUCGUCCCGUAUUUAUCCGGGACACGGUAUACAAUUUGUUAGAAACGACUCCAAGAUAUUCAAAUUCUGUCGAUCAAAAUGCCACGCGGCAUUCAAAAAGAAGAAGAACCCAAGGAAGGUGAAGUGGACUAAAGCCUACCGAAAGACAGUCGGCAAAGAAUUGUCGGUUGAUCCGGCGUUCGAGUUUGAAAAGAGAAGAAACGUACCACUCAAGUACGAUAGAGAGUUGUGGACGAAGUCAGUCGACGCCAUGAAGAAAAUCGAGUUGAUAAGACAGAAAAGGCAGAACGCGCACAUAAUGCAGAGACUGCGCAAGGGACGCGAACUUGAACAAGACAGAGACGUCAAGGAGGUUCAACGUGAUCUGAGUCUAAUCCGCUCACCAGCGGCGGGUCUUAAGGAGCGCAAGAAGCUUGAGGAGUCUGUCGAAGAGGAUGAGAAAAUGGAGGAUUCGGAUUCUGAAGAAAUGGAAGCUGAAGAAGUUGUGCUAUGAAUGUUGAAGAAGCAAUCAGCAAUUAUUUCUUUGUACAGAACUUUAAGUAUAUAGUUAAUAAGUUAUCCGCGUUUUUUUUCACUCGAAACAUCGUAACUCAAUUAUCAUUAGCUAUUACUCUGCGCAGCUCUGAGUUCUGCACUUUCAUAAGUUAUUAAUAUCGUGAUUGUUUUCUUGUCAAAUUCUGAUCACAUCAACGUACAGUCACUAUUGGCAUCUAUAAUGAGUACUAAACUAUGGCAUUGAUCCUGAUAGCAUAUACGAUUUGGUUCCUAUAUAUCAUGAAUUAAUAUUCGGUUAAAUUUUCAAAUAUGUUACGAAAUUUAUUCAUCAACAGCUUAUUUGGUACUCAUAUACAUAUAAACCCAUGAUCAGCACAGAUUCAAAUGUAAUGACUAACUGUUGGGACAAAGUAACACAUGAAAAUGUAAAUAAAAUUCAUAUUCAAAAAUUUUCAA